UUUUGCCUUUCCAUCUUUAUUUAUUUCGGCUUUGUUCCUUCGCGGGAGUGUGGAGUUUUGCACGAGUUCUUCGUCGCUGUUCGACUUCGCUCCUUCGACGACGUUCCCUUCCUGUUGCAGCGGAAGUUACGACAUUUUUUGAUCGGAAGCAACAACGGGAGCUCGCUUGCUGUGAAGGAUUUACUGUAAAUCCUGCUGCAAAUCCAAUACCAAACAGCCCCGAGAACUUCCCCAAACCCAAAGCCCUCGUCUAAGUACUGAGGAAGAAGCGCAGUGAGCUUACUGGAAAGGCAUCGACUUGACCAGCGGUGUGAAGAAGAGGUGUUAAUGAUACUUUCAGUCGAAUAGCUGAAUUUUCUGGAACCGGAAUUUAAGGGAGCGUUAAAGUUGAUUUCUACAUUUUGAGAGCUUUCAUAAUUGGUCCAAAUUCACUAGAAGGUCCAAUCUUUGAGGGAUUACCCUUGGCAUUAAUGGGUAGCAAGAAGAGGCAAUCUAGUGCUAUUCAAGAAUCAUAUGGAGAAGAAGAAAAGCAGAAUAAUGAUUCCAAAUCUGAUAUGAAAAUCCAAAAAGGGAAUUCCAACGGGGAGAGAGGUAACUCUGCCCUGCAGGCUGCAUUACAAUCCUUGAAACCCAUGGAAAGGAAGAAGAAGCGAAAAGGGAUGGAUAAAGAGAGGCACCAAUUUGUAAUUGAGGCAAAGGGGCCAUCAGAUGUAAAAAAUACUAGUGAAAAUGCUUCAGUAAUUCAAAUGCAACUGCCUUCUCCCCAAGCAAGUGUUUUUCCUGUGUUCCAUAUUGAUGUGUUUAGGAAUCUUGCUUCUUCUGAUUCAUUAGUUAGAGAAGCUGCUGCAGAAACAUUGGUGAGAGAAUUGAUUGAAGUUCAAAAAGCUUUUGAGCAGCUUGGAAACAAUGUAGACAACAAUGUAGACAGUGAGGAGAAUCCACAGCUUGAAGCUGAAAAGGAUGAUGGUUUGGAAGGCUGUGCUCCCUCUUUAAGAUAUGCUGUUCGCCGGCUCAUUCGAGGAGUCUCUUCCUCACGAGAGUGUGCAAGACAAGGGUUUUCCUUGGGCUUAGCAGUUGUUGUUGAGAUGAUUCCCGCAGUUAAACUAGUACCCGUUAUGAAACUGAUUAUUAACUUAUUGGAGGUGUCUUCUGCUAUGAAGGGUUUGGAAGCUAGAGACUGUUAUUUAGGACACCUUUUUGCAUAUGGAUCGCUUGCUAGAUCACAUCGAUUAGCCACAGAGUGGAUUUUUGAUAAAAAUACACCUGUUAUGAGAGAAUUUACUAGCGCUGUUAUCUCUCUUGCACAGAAGAAACGUUACUUACACGAGCCAGCAGUUGCAGUGAUAUUGGAUAUGUUGGAAAAGCUACCUGUUGAAGCUAUUAAGAGUCACGUUCUUAUAGCUCCUGGCAUGCAAGAAUGGUUUCUAAAAGCUGCUGAAACUGGAAAUCCUGAUGCCCUGUUUCUUGCAUUGAAGUUACAAGAAAGAGUUUCAAUGGACAGAGAAACUUUUGGCGAGCUUCUUCCACACCCCCUUAAUGCUGAAAAUUUCUUUUCUCGAGACAAUCUGCAACUUCUCGAAAAGUGUUUCAAGGAAUCAACCUUUUGUCUGCCACGUGUACACAGUAUUUGGCAUUUUGUUAUAAAUAUUCUUAUACCGGAUGCUAAAUCUCAAAUUGAUGUAGAACAUUGUAGUAUGAAAAAUAAGAAGAGCCGAAAAUGUUGUUCAUCUGAAGAUAUCAUAAAAAACAUUAGGUGUUUCUGUGAAGUGGUUAUCGAAGGAAUUCUUCUUCAGUCAUCUCAUGAUCGGAAGCAUUUGGCACUAAACAUUCUUCAGCUUCUCCUCCCACGUCUACCAGCAUCUUGCAUUAAUAGUGUCCUCUCUCACAAGCUUGUUCACUGUUUAAUGGACAUACUUUCAACCAAAAGUUCAUGGUUGUACAAUGCUGCUCAGCUUUUCAUGAAUGAACUAAUUUGCUGGGCUAACAUUGAGGAUGAUAGGCGUGCAACAAUAAUUGUGUGCCUGCAAAAGUACAGUAAUGGAAGGUUUGAUUGCAUCACAAGGACGGAUAUUGUUAAGAAGUUGGUCUCAAAAUUUAGAACUUCCAAAAGUUGUUUGCAUUUUGUUCAUAAUUUGAUGAACUUGUUUGUAGAUGAAGCAGGCAUUACAGAUGAACCAUCUGAUCAAAGUCAUACAACUGAUGAAAAUUCAGAAGUGGGAUCAACAGAGGAUAAAGGCUCUCCAGGAGCAUCAGGAAACAUGGAUUCUCUCAAGAUUUGGAUCAUUAAUACGAUGCCUCAUGUUUUGAAAAAUCUUAAAGUUGGUAUGAAACUGGGCAUUUCAGCACAAACUGAAUCAGGUAACUUUUUGGAGGAGAAACUUAAAGUUCAGACAGAGAUAGUAAAGUUUCUUGCAGUUCAGGGCUUAUUUUCUGCAUCUUUGGGCACUGAAGUUACAUCAUUUGAGUUGCAAGAGAAGUUUAAGUGGCCAAAAGUAGCCAGUUCCAGUUCUUUAUGCACGAUGUGCAUUGAGGAGCUUCAAUUAUUGUUGGAAGAUGCCCAAAAAGAGGAAUUGGGUGGUUCUGUGAAUAAUCUUGAGCUGAGUGACCUUGGUUCGUACUUCAUGUGUUUCCUUAAGACUUUAUGCAGCAUCCCUUCAGUUUCACUUUAUAGAACUCUUAGUAAUGAAGACAAGAGAGCAUUCAAUAGAUUGCAAGCAGCUGAAUCACGGCUUUACCGAAAGGAAAGGAAAAUUGAUUCAGGGUUUGUUGCCAACAAACUGCAUGCUAUGAGGUACUUGCUCAUCCAGCUAGUGCUGCAGAUUCUCCUUUAUCCAGAUGAAUUCUCUGAGGCUGCAUUGGAUUUUGUUGUAUGCUGCAAAAAGGUAUUCCCUUCCUCAGAAAACAGUGAUUCCUCGGAGGAAGAAGAUGCAUUUGAUGAUAAUGAUAUGCCCGAGUUGAUGGAUGUCUUAGUAGAAACACUUCUUUCAAUUUUACCUCGCUCUUCUGGUCGCAUGGGUUAUGUUGUUGAACAGGUUUUCAGGUUCUUCUGUGGUGAUAUAACUGAUUACGGACUGCAACGCAUGCUGCAUGUUGUGAAGAAAGAUCUAAAACCUCUUCGGCAUCCUGUUAGCGAUGAUGAUUAUGAUGAUGAUGAUGAAAUUCUUGGAAUAGAAGAUAUUGAUGAGAUGGAGGAAGCUAAGGCUGAUGAAAUGAGUGUUUAUAAAGAGCAUGAAGAUGACUCUGAGGAAACGGGGAAUGGUGGAGAAAAGAUCAGCAGUAGUGGAGAUGAGUUUGAGGAAGGUGAACUAGCUGGUGUGGAACACCAGGAAAACGGUCAGAAAAGAGGCGAAGAUCAUCCUCUUAAAUUAGAUAAAGCUGUUGGAGAUGAAGAAGAAGAUGCCAAGAGUGAAGCUUCUGAUGAUUCUGGUGGCAUGGAUGAUGAUGCCAUGUUUCGCUUGGACGCUUACCAUGCCCAAUUGCUCAAAGAACGGACUGGAAACGACAGCGCUCUCUCACAGUUGCUCUUAUUCAAGCUUCGUGUUCUGUCGCUGAUUGAGAUUUAUGUACACAAGUAUCCAGGCAAAUCCCAUAUACUGGCCAUUUACUCUUGCUUAGUGCAAGCUUAUUCAAAAUACCAUGGCGUGGCUGGAAAUGAACAACUUGGACAACGCAUUAAAGGAAUUUUGCAGAAGAAAAUAUUUAAGGGAAGGGACUAUCCAAAAGGAAGUGACAUCUCACUCGAUUCUCUCGAAAAACUAUUGGAGAAAAGUCUGAAAAUUGCUUCACGGUCUCGGGUUAAGGAUAUAUCUUCUCUGGCACAGGCCUCUGCAUUUUGGCUGCUAAAAAUUGUGAACUCUAGAAAUUUCUCUGAAUUAGAACUUAGCAGAAUUGUGCAAAUUUUUGAAAGUUUACUUGUCGAUUACUUUAAUAAUAGGAAUUGUCGCUUGAAAUCUGGGUUUAUAAAAGAGAUUAUUCGGCGCCAUCAUUGGCUUGGUCUUAAGCUCUUUGGAUUCCUUCUAGGCAAAUGUACGAACGCAAAGUCAGAAUUUCGACGAAUAGAGGCUGUGGAUAUGGUGGAUUGUAUAAUAAAGUCUGUGAUCCCAAGCAGCAAGGUUGUGGGAGAUAAAGAAGCAAUCAGUAAAUCUUCAAAACUGUUGAAGGCACACCUACCAGCACUCUGCGAGCUAAUUUUUCAGCUGCUAAAUAAUUUACCGGGAAAGCAAUCACGUCGUGCAGAAGUUAGACGGUUUUGCACCAGGUCCUUGCAAGCAGUUUCCAUGCUUAACUUGAAGAAAUCAUUUCGUAAGGCUAUGAAGCCAGAGGCCUUUUCUCUUUGUGAGUUGCAUCUAGGAAAUGCUGUUCUUCCUUUCCAAGUGCAGUGAAUGUGAAAGUGCAAGCUGAGACAAAGACUUCAAAAUUGUAGGGUGCAACCCAAGCAAUCCUGAAAAGAGGUAUCGAAAUUUGCUUGGAGUUUUUGAUCUUUUGGCUGAUUCCCAAUGCAGUUAUUGUCAGUCCUGGUUGUGGGAUUUCGCAUUCGAUGCAGGCAACGUUUUGCAUUUAAGGUUUUAUUUAGAUUUUUGAAUUCGUGCAUGUAUAUGUGCGCUCUAAUAACUUUAAAAAUUAUAAAAUAGCAAAUUACGCUCUAUUUUAUUGGUGAGCUGAAAUUUUUGAAAUGAACCACACAUUGCAUUAAUUUAGCUUACAGACAAAACAUUAUUAUUUUAAUAUUUUUUCAAUUAAUGUUAUUUAUGUAUUUAUUUUGGGUA